AUGUCAAUCUCAAUGAUGUCUCUUGUGGCUCCUCAUGAACAACGUCCUCUUAUACAUCACAGCUUUGAAUGGUUUCUGGAUGACUUACAUUCGAAUAUUGUGCUGGAAGAAAAGCUUCUUGAAGAUGAAGAAGUUGAAGAAGAGGAUCAGUACUUAUACGACUUUUUGAUCGAUGAUGUCGCCACCAGUGAGUUGUAUUUCUUGAAAAAGCGCAAACAAGCUAGUAGAAUUUCUUAUGAUGUAAGACAAGCUACCGGCGCACCCAGAAAACAGCUACAGCGUGAACCAUUACAGCUACAUUGA